AUGCGCGCCCUCAACUCUGCAGGGGCGGUAUCGAUGGUCGUCGUGGUCGACGUGGUGGAUACGGCGACGGCCAACAACGCCGUUGCGCGCGCGAAUACCCCCGAGAACGCGCCGGACGCGGACCAUCCGAUAGAGCGAUUGGAGAUCGACGUGGACGUCACACCGUACACGACGGCGGAUGCCCUACUAGCCGAUGUGGAAGCCGCGCUAGAAGAAAUGGAGUGUUUCCUGUGUGUCCCCCGCAGCGCGGCAGCCCUCGCUGCCGGACAUGUACUGCCUCCGCUGUCAGCUGUAGAAUUGGCUAUGCGGUCGGCGGUGUCGAGCGCCAGCAGCAGUGAAGACAACACGUUGGUCAGUCACUACGUGUCUGCUCUGCGGCACGUGAGGGGCGCAGCGGCUCUUGCGAGAGGGGCACUGCGCAUCGGCGGUGAGUGUGUGUGCCGUGACCCAUCAACAACGACCACUUCCUCAGCUCCCCAGGAGCAACAGCCGACAGUUUGGUCCGUCGUCCCGCGACCUCUUGGUGCGCCUGCGGAGUCGCUUGUCGCAGUCUCCACCUCCACCGCCGCCACCUCUGGGGCCUCCUCCCGCCUGCUGACACGCGAGGAGCCCACACCGUCGUCCACUGCUGCUGCGGCAACAGGAGAGGCAGGCCAUGCAGCCUCUCGUGGAACCGGCGACGUACAAGAGAAGACUCCACAUGACGGCGCGGCUGACUCGGAGAAGAAAAAGGAAUCGGAGAACGGCAGUGCGAAGGGGCACGCGACGCCCACUUCAAAGCCAGCAGCGGCGUGUCCCCUCUCCCCGCACUCUGCCGCCGCUUCGGUGGUGGCUUUAGAGGACGUCGAUGUGUUUUCGUUUCGUCGCCUGCAGGCCCACCGUGCCCUCGUCCUCGCUCGUGAGGAGACCGGCGCCAAUGCGACGUCGGUGCUGCCGGGUGGCACCGGUGCGGCAACGUCGGAGGAGCAGCAGCGGCUGCGGCCCACCCUGCCCUGGGCAGCUGUGGAGGCGGCCGUACAGGCGGAGGUGCGUCUCCUGCAGGCACAACACGUGCUCACGGACGGAUGCGCCGAGACGACGGAAGCGCUGAAGCACGCAGGCCACCUGCUGCACGAUGCGGCGUCUUCGUUGCCGGCUGCACGAGCUCGUCUGCGCGCUGCGUGGCUGACGGCGGCUCAAGAGGAGACGGCGGCCUAUCAAACGGAGAUCGAGGAGCUGCGCCAGGCGACGGAGAAGGCGGAGGUGUGGCGUGCGGCGCUGAAGGAAAGCGUCCGAAUGGAGGUGGCAGCGCUGGAGAAGGAGGUGGCGCAGCAGACGACGGUGGUGGCCGAACGUGAUGUGCUGCGUAGUCGCGUAGAGCAACUGGAGGCGCAGGUGGCUGCGGCGAAGGCAGAGGAAAUGGCCCUGUUGCAGUCUUCCAAAGCGGUACCUGAGAAAACGAGAUCACCGACAACCGCGGCGGGCGACGCAGCCGUGGAGAAGAGGGAUGCGACUGCGAAAGCACCACGAGAAGGAGAACGCACCCAGAGCAAAAUAGAGACGGUGGCAGCAACAGAGUCGGCGCCGUUGCUGUCAUCCCACGACGCGCUACGUCGGCAGUUGUCGCCCCCUUCUCCAUCGUUAUCCUCUCCUGCUUCGACGACUUCCUCGAGCGACUCGAACCUUCCGCCACCACCGCCAUCGCCGCCACCGACCACGGAAUCAGCGCUCGCGUCUACGCAUCGGCCAAGAGCGACCUAUACAAACACGACGCCCACCCAGAGGACGACGUCGGAUCCGCCGCUGCUGCCGGAGCAGCGGUGGUCUGGCCGGCGGGUCCCGCUUCUUCACGCAGACAUUCCUGCUGCUGCUGCUGCUGCUGCUCCACCUCCACCGCCGCGGCGUCGUCACGGCCGUCUCAGCCUCGAGCGAAGUUUUCUCUCACCCGCACUGCAGGAGGAGGUGCGAGCUGCCUUGGCCCCAGACGCGGAGCAGAGUACCGGGUCCACGUCUUCUUCGCCCGCUGCCGCUUCGGACGGGGACGGGGGUGCCGGCUCUCCACCACGCAACCGACGCCUCCUGAAAGGGGCAACAGGCUAUGCUGACCCGGAUCAAUUCCCACCCCCUCCCCCUCAUCCGCCGUCGCGCCGUCGUCGCUACCAACGAAAGGAAGAUGCAGCUGCUUGGGCUGAGGACGACGUACCGACCGGGCCCUCUGAGGAUGUUGACGCUGCUGCUGCUGCUGCUGCCGCAGAGUCUCGACUCCCCGUGCCAGCUUCCGUCACGCCGCUUCGCACCGCCUUUGCCACCGCGUACUCGCCUUCUCCUGUGGUGCCGGGCGUAUACUCGCAAGAGGGGCGCCGCCCGGGUGACUCUCUAGGUGGGGCUUCGUCCGCACCGCGUCCUCGUCAAGCGCCCAGCGCGCCGAUCCCCUCCCCAGCCUUCUCCAGAUUAUACGACGAAGGAGAGCGGUCAACGUGGCUGACGGCGCAUCCCUCUCAGCGGACUGACCGGCAAACCUCCGCCAGGGCCGCUGCAGCGGCGGAGCUGCAGCAGGUGACGGCUGCGCUGCGCCGUCACAUCCGCGAGCCGCAGCCCGAUCCGUUAGAGGGUCAGCGGCUGCUUCAACAAGUGCGGGAGCUGCGCCGUGCGAUGGAGCGCGACAGCGUCACGGAUGAAGGGGACGGUGCGGAGGAAAGCACUCACGAGGCGGAUGCGCGGCGCAGUAGGCACGGAGGUGGAGGGGAAAACGCGACUUUUGUGGACCCGCAUGAAGCCCGUGCUUCCGCUGCUGUGUCACGCACCGCAGAUCGCCAGCCUUUUGCAUCGUCGUCACUCCUAUACGAUUCCCGCGUGCCGAGUCGGCGCAACGGCGUGUACAGGUAUUGA